AUGUCCAACAGCAGCUCCAUCACCCAGUUCCUCCUCCUGGCAUUUGCAGACACACGGGAGCUGCAGCUCUUGCACUUCUGGCUCUUCCUGGGCAUCUACCUGGCUGCCCUCCUGGGCAACGGCCUCAUCAUCACCGCCAUCGCCUGCGACCACCACCUCCACACCCCCAUGUACUUCUUCCUCCUCAACCUCUCCCUGCUCGACCUGGGCUCCACCUCCACCACUUUCCCUAAAGCCAUGACCAAUUUGCUCUGGAACACCACGGCCAUUUCCUAUGCAGGAUGUACCGCGCAAGUGUUUCUGCUUCUCUUCUUGAUUACAGCAGAGUUUUCUCUCCUCACCAUCAUGGCCUAUGACCGCUACGUUGCCAUCUUCCAACCCCUGCACUACGGGACCCUCCUGGGCAGCAGAGCUUGUGUCCACAUGGCAGCAGCUGCCUGGGGCACUGGGUUCCUCUAUGCCACACUGCACACUGCCAACACAUUUUCUCUACCACUCUGCCAUGGCAAUGUGGUGAACCAGUUCUUCUGUGAAGUUCCCCAGAUCCUCAAGCUCUCUUGCUCAGGCACCUACCUCAGGGAAGUUGUGCUUAUUGUGGUUAGUGCCUGUUUAUUCUUUGCUUGUUUUGUUUUCAUUGUGCUGUCUUAUGUGCAGAUCUUCAGGGCCGCGCUGAGGAUCCCCUCUGAGCAGGGACGGCACAAAGCCUUUUCCACGUGCCUCCCUCACCUGGCCGUGGUCUCCCUGUUUAUCAGCACUUCAUUUUUUGCCUACCUGAAGCCCCCCUCUAUCUCCUCUCCACUCCAGGACCUGGUGGUGGCUGUUCUGUACUCAGUGGUUCCUCCUGCAUUGAACCCCCUCAUUUACAGCAUAAGGAACCAGAACCUCAAGGAUGCAGUUCAGAAACUGAUGACCAGAUGUUUUUUUUAGAAGCAAUAUACUGCCCAUCUU